AUGGCGAUGAUGACUGGCCGUGUGCCGCUGGUGUGUGCCCUCUGCGUGCUGUGGUGCGGUGCCGGCGGUAGGUGUGACGAGGAGGAGAGGGCAGUUUCUGGGAGUGGUGAUGGACCUCCGCCGGGAUCAGCAGAACAUGGAACGCCUCGAAAAGAAACCCAAGAAUUAAAAGUUGGAGCACCAGGUGUCAUAGAGACAGCAUCACCCCCAUCUUUGAAACCUACAGGGGAAGAUAAAGACGAUGAUGAUGAAGAUGAUGCAGGUGGUGAUGAAGAUGAUAAUGAGACGGAUGAGACAAAAGAAAAAAGAAGAGAAGGGCAGAGUAAUAAAGGAGGAACAGUUCUACCAGACACAGAUUCCAGGGAGGAGAAUUUAACUGGCAGCGGGCAGGAAACAGGCCAGCCAAAUGUACCUGCAGGGGGCAUUUCACCUUCCGGCAGUCAGUUAUCAAAUGCCAAUCCUUUGCGAACGGAAGUUGAAGAAAAGAAUGACACCGAUAAGAGACCACCUGCAGUAAAGAACGCACUCACAACAGUUAACGGAGAGCAAACACUGCUUGGGGGCAUUGCGGGAGGAAAUCUUCCAUCGCCUCCAGAAGACGGUGUUGAUUCCCGCAAACAGGAUGGCGAAGACACCACGAGUGAAGGUAAAAAAAAUGCUCCACCGCCUGAGACCGCAGCCACACCAAAAAGCCACCGAGACGAAGGCCCAGAAGGGACUGGGGAAGAUACAAAAGCAACAACAGUAACCGCCAACACAACUGAUACGACGAACACACAAAACAGUGACAGCAGCACCGCGGCCUCCCACACCACCUCCCCUCUUUUGCUUCUUCUUGUUGUUGCGUGUGCUGCUGCUGCGGUGGUGGCCGCGUGA